CGUGGCUUCACCGUAUGGAGGCAGUACUAUCUGAAGAGGGAGGAAAUGCUCAGGACCACGCCUGUGCUGCCAAAGAAGCAAGAGUCAAACAGGAGAAACUCAAGAAUUCAAUGGUGGAGUUGAGCAGCCACCUCAACAUCCUUCACACGUUCUGCAACCAGGCUGAGACCGGUGCUGUACUCGUGCCUGUGGAGAAGUUAGACGAAAUCAAGAGACGUUUCACCAACGCCCGUGUCACGGCUAAGUACCACGGGAUCAAACUGGAAUACCGGGAGCACCGGCACACUGUCCUGGAUCUACUGGCUCAAAUUGGUGCCAAGUUACGCUCCUGGAAAGGGCCCUACAGCUCCCAGGAUGCAGUGCGUCUGCUCCUACAGGACUGGCAUGACACAGUGGAUCGCCAAUGCCUAGUUUCUCAUCUGAUGGAUGCCCUCCAAAAAUUGAAACAGACAGCCAGCACUUACACAAGCAAGGCAGCUCUGGGUGAGGAUGCCCAGCUUGUCAGUAGGCAGGUGAAGGAGGCAGAGAGUGACACGGCCAUGAGCACAGAGGAAGUGGCGGCAGUGAAAGGCACCAUGGGACGUGUGUUGAGUACCUGGGAGGCCUACAGCAAGAAUCUUCCCCCCCUACAGACGUGGCUGGCUCAGGAGUCACAGUCACCUAUACAGUCCUCUGAGACAGAGGGGACAUCCCAGCAGGUGUCCCAGUGGAGCACCCUGCAGGCCUACCUGAACGAGGUGGGUAACUUCCUCAUCGAGGUCACAGACCCAUCUACCAGCAAAGCUCUGGUAGCCGAACUUAGUAAGCUGAACAUGCAGUGGGCCGCCUACAUGAAGAGGACUAUGUUUGAGGUAUCGAACCAGCCCAGUGCUGGUCCUCUGAGCAUCCAGGCGGUACAGGCUCUGGCCCAAGAGGCAGGCUGGGUGCUGAGGGAGCGCCUAGAGGUGGAGUCUGUCCCACUGAAAGCCUACAAGAAGAGGGUUCAGCUUUUGAGUAAGAAGAUAAUGGAGGUGGAUUUGGGUUCUCUCAGCCCAUCCCCAGACUUCCCUGUGGACAAAGUGGAAAAACUCAGACAUACACUCCCGGAGGUUUGGCAAGCGCUGGCCAGAGCGGAAAGGACAUGCAGUGAUCUGCAGAGGGCCACGUCCAUGUUAGAGGGCCGUUUGGCCGAGCUGAGUCACUGGGGGACCGAAGCCCUGGAGGUUCACCAACACCUGGAAGAGAGGAAACCUGGAAGAGAGGCCAAAGCACUGAUCUCUCGUGGCCUGCAGCUUGAGGGCCAAGUGGUGACAGAGAGGCAGGACCUGCAAGUCCUGGUGGAGAAAGCACAGACGAACUCCCCUAUUCAACACCUCAAUGCAGCUGCUUUGGAAGACAGAGUCACAGAAGCAGUUGCUCAGGCUCAGGAAAUGGUGGAGAUGCUUAGCUCCCUGGGGUCAAGGCGAGCUCGGGUGCCGGCGGGGGAUGAGCCACCACCCAAGGUGGUAGUCCGCUGGUACUCACUGCCAGAGACCCAGACGGGUUCAUUUGCAGCGGCCACAGCCAAGAGCAAGAGUGACCUGCCAUCCCACGCCAAGCUUGUAACUCAGACACCCCCACAUCGGCGGCACACAGAGCCCCAUAGCCCACUGCAAGGGGAUCGUCUAUCCCAGGCCAUCUGCCAGACAGCCACCACCAAGGCCCUAUCACAAAGUCAACCUCACACUCAGGCCCAAACACAGCCUCAGCCGGUGGGCCUCACUCAAUCUCAGGUUCUGACUCAAAACAAACCUCAAACGCAGCAAACUCAAACUCCCAUUGAACCUCGAGUUCAGCUUCUGGCCCAAAUUCAAACAUACGCCAAACCCAGUGAAACUCAACCUUUGAACCAAAGUCACGAAGAGCAAGAGCAGCAGCCUGUGGGUCAAUCUUUGUACCAUGUUCCCACAGUGCCCCAAACCCAGUCUGAACCAACUCAAAAACAGAUCCACAUCCCCAAAUUCAGAGUUAAAGGCCAGCUGAGGACCCAGAACCCUCCUCAACAGGGUAGCGACCAAGCCUCUCCACACCCACCGUUCAUGGUCCAUAGCGAGAUCUACUCGAAAGCCAAGGCAAUGGCUAGGAGCAGGCUGGAGAAGGCCAAGUUUCGCUUGCAAGAGAACAUCCAGGAAGCCAUCUUACUCUUCAGUGACCGAGAGAUGUCUGACUGGCAAGCCAAGAGAAAAGAGAGGGCCCUGGGUGCUUUGAGGCCCGCCAUCCUGGAGGAGUUCCUGGGGGCCGCUGAGGGUUUGGGGGCCCUCUGUUCUGGGGCCCAGCUCCAAGCCGUGAAGCUACUGUCUCUUUCAGUCAGGAGCCAGUGGGAGGCAUGUCUACCCACAGAGGGCAGUGUGACGCUGAGGGGUGCAGAGCGCCUGGAGGCCCUCAGGGAGCUGUGUGAGACCCUGGCCCCGGAAAGUGCCCCCAGCAGAGCUGCAGUCCAGCGAAGGGAGUCAGGGGGAGGGCAAGGGAGCAUGAUGCCGCAACUGCAACACGGUGCCACAGGGCCCCCGCAGGACAGCAGGGGGUGCGAGCCUGGAGAUCACACCCUGCUGAGCGAGACUGGCCAGCAGGCUGGCCCACAAAAGCAAAGCCAGGAGCUCCCACAAAAGCAAGCUGGACACCGCUCUCAGGCUCUGCAAGACCAGAACCAAACCCAACUAAGACAGGACCGCCCACUGCAAGUCCAGGGUCUCCCACUGCAGACCCCGGAACACCCACUCCCAGUCCAAGAUCGCCCAUUGCAUGUCCAGGGCCGCCUACUGCAAGUCCAAGGGGGUCGUUUAAUGCAUGUGCAGAAAAGCCACCAACAAGGCCCAAAUCACACUCAGGUGAUUGUCAGGGGCGAUAGCGUGGAGACCGAGCAGCAGGCACCUGAACGGACAGUCAUCCCGGCCACCGACACCACCCCCACACAGGAAGAGGGGUCGUCGACGCAGGAAGUGGUGGAGAGGUACAGAGCUUCCCGUUCAGCCUUCCAUUCACAGCUCCAGAGAAACAGACAGAGUCUGGAGAGAGAGUUUCAGCCCGAGCCAGUCACCACCUCUGCCCUGCACAGCCACAUCAAGGAGCUACAGGCUCUUAAGCAGGAGACUGAGGUGCUGUGGUUUGAGUUUGAGCUGCAGUCCUCCCAGGUGUCCCAGCAGCAGAGUGCAGAGCGAGGUGGACUGGAGGGGGACAGUGAAGGGGCCAAGCUCGUUCAGCAGUGGAGAGGCCAGCAGAUCUGCCUGCAGACCAGGCUGGAUCGUUGUGGAGGUCUAACAGAAUUACUGAAGAGGUUCCAAAUGGUACACAGUCGUCUAAGCAGCACCUUACAGAGGGCCGAGCGCACCAUCAGUGAACAGGCCUCGUACAUGGGCAAAGACAACCUACAGAGACUCUUCACUAAGGUCCACAGCACCAAGGCAGAGUUGAGUGGUCUCGGGGAGGGAGUGGAGGAGAUGCGAGGCGUCUGCAAGCAGCUGCAGUCUCAGCUGCGCCAACUCCUUGACUGCCCUGAAACUGCAUUUGAGAGCGAGGCUGACACCCUGAUGGACCGCUGGCUAGAUGUGACAGAGAGGACAGACUCUCACCUGGACAACCUACGCAUGGGGCUGGACCUGUGGGAUGGGCUGCUACAGCUGGGCGGAGAGGUGGAGAGCUGGACCAGCCACAAAAUGGCCCACCUGGUGCAGUCACACCCCUUCCACAGCGAACAAGAAGUCACAGCUAUGCAGGAGGAGAUCCGGGUCCAGGAGGAGAGUGUGGGGCGCUUCCACAGGAGGGCCUCGGAGAUCCAGGUCUUGUUGCAGAGCAAGGAGCCCCCACUGGAGCUUCAGGUGAUCGAGACCCAGAUGAGGAAGAAGAUGGAGCAGGUGAAGGAGCUCUUCUCCGACCUCGAGGAUGUCUACAGGCACCUGGUGGUGGCCAAGGGACAAGUGGCAGCCAAGAUGGCCGAGUGUCACUCCUCUCUUCAAGGCAUCCAGGACUCACUAGACACGCUCAGUGCUGCCGACGGCCCAAAGCUCCUCACACAGAUUCAGGAGCUGUCUGAACAGCUUCAGACACAGGAAAAGCAGGCAGAGGGCCUCCUGGAGGAGCUACACCUCAUGACCUCCGUGGCCAGCCCACAGAGCUUGCAGAGCCUAGCUGCGGAUGGUGUCCGGCUGCAUGAGCUUGUCUGCGCAGCCCGUCAGCACAUUAGUGAAAUGAGGGUGCAGGCCCAGAGGGAUAUCGAGGCCUUGCACAGUCUGCAGGAGGAGUGUGCCCGUCUGCAAGAGUGGUUGCAAGCCGCAGUGCUGAAGGUGGAGAAAGGGGAGGAGCUUAGCCACUUGCAGGAGGAAGUAGUCGAACACAGUAAGCACACAGAGGCCCUCAGUGGACACAUAACCACCUUACAUGGGAGCACCCUAAAGCAUUCCCCCCUCCUAAAAGAGAGUGAGAAACUUCUAGAGCGCUGCUGCAGUCUCCACACCCAUCUGUUUGCCUCCAAGGAGAACCAGAGCUCUCUGUCCAGCCACACCCAGGCCUUCCAGACUCUGGCCCAGGACACCCAAGCCUGGGUUAGAGUCUUGCAACAGCAGGCUGACUCUCUGGCCACUGGAGCUCCAUGCAUACACAGCCAGGCUGAGCAAAGACUACAAGCUGCAGAGACUGUGUUGAGUGCCAAGGCAGAGGGAGCGUCUCGUAUGGAGGAGCUGAAGGAAGCAGGCCAAAGGCUGGCCCACAGACCGGGCCUGGUAGAGAGUCUAAAACUGGACGUCAUGCAGACCGUCAGUUACACAGAGGUGCAGUGGGGAGCCGUUCUGCAGUCUGCAGACCAACACCGCAGUCUGCUGCAUGGUGAGCCCGAGCUCUCCUCCUCUCUUCUGGUCCAGAGGCAGCAGGCCUGGUCCAGAGUGGACCAGCUCCAGCACCAGACUACCCAGCUCUCCCUGUUAUUUCCCUGGCCCGGCCUGGCCCAACACAGGCAGGCUGCCCAACAGGCCCGGGCACUACUGGACCAGGCCACAGCCUUGGGGCCGGCCUUCUCUGCCUUGGGGAACCAGAGGAAGGAGCUAGCCCAGCGCACCAAGGACCCCAAUUGGGAGGACCCUUCCUGGGCUACACUAGAGGAUUGCCAUCCCGCCUUGGUCAAAAAGCUCCAUGGAAUGUGUGUGAGUCUUGAGGGAGGCGUCCGUAACGAGGAUCGCUGUGGCCAGCUGGUGCAGGAGUGCCGGCACACAUUGAACUCACUGCAGGAACGGAUGCUGGGUAUUGAGUCCCAGCCCAGAGACUCUAGUUUCCUGGAGACUGAUACAGGGGCUGUGGAGGCUUUGCAGGAGGCCGUGGGCCACAUGGAGAAAGACUUUGUGGAGCUCGAGUCUCUUAAGGACAUCCUUCUUGCCAGCUGCACCACCAAGGGUCAGGCCACUCUGUCUCAAGAGGUCAAAGAUCUCCAGGACCAGAAGGAGGAGUUAGAGAGGGGCGUCAGCUGGCUGGCUCAACUACAGGCAGAGGAGCAGGUAGCCCGACGAGACCAGCGAAUCAGGGAGGAGGUUGACAACCUUCAGAGGGCCCUACAAGGCUCGGCUGAGCGUUUGGGGGACGACCCAGAAACGACCGAAGGAUUCACUGAUAUUAGGCAGUUCCAGCAGCGCUGGCAAGUCCUACAGGACUGUGACCAAAGCCUGAGGGAGCUUGCGGCACGGCUUCAUCACCUGGAGAAAGCAGUAGGGUCAGAGGACACAUAUGGAGAAUUUCAAAACGAUGUGACUUUGGCUGUGGAUUCAGCGGCCAAAGACAUAGACAGCCUGUGUUUCUCUCUACAUGAACGAAUGCAGCUUUUUUCAGGCGGCACAGCCCUUAGAAUGUCUGGGGCGAUCUGUGAACUGCAGCAGUGGAACCAGGCAGCACAGUCAAAUCCCCGAAAGUCUGUACAGGCUACACUGAACAAAGGGAAGCAACUCCAAGGGACUCUACGUGAGGCGCUGUCACAGCUCGACUUCCUAUUGGACUGUGUCGGAAGGGAGCGCGUGGAACAGUUCGAGAGAAGGGCUGRACAGGCCCUUAGCAACAGUGCAGCUCUCCUCACAGCCCUAGCCCAAUCCCAGGUGUCCCUAGUGAGCACAGAGGUGGAUGGAGACCAUAAGAAACCAAGCAACACACCUGACAAAGCGCCAUCUUGCAGCGAGGCAUCCCUUUUGUCACAACCUGUAGAGGAAGUGACUCCAGGCGGGAUCAAACCUCUUCAGGCUAAUAUUGACUCAACGAAAGGUCUGGAAAAAGAGCAGGCUGAAAGCAGAGUGCAAAGCAAAAGAGCCAUUACCAGAGGAACAAUGGAUGCUGUUAGAGAACCUACCAAGAAAGUGAUGAGCGACACUGAACAAAGAGCAGAGGGCAAAGAAUACGGCAAAGACUCAUUGAAGGGCUGGAGCAUCCAGCCAGCAGAGAUAAUGGUCACAGACAUGGAGGAUGGGGAGAGUCAAAUACAAAUUCCCAUGGGAGAAACCUUAACUCCCAUCACCAUCGUUGAUAUCUCAGCCACUGUGGUGGUGCCAGAGACCCCAGGUACUAGCCAAUUUGGGGAUACUGUAACAGAGAUGACACCUCAUCAUAUAGAACCAAUGGAUCGAGACGGAACCUCAUCGCCGACUCCGCACAAAGUGUUCACCAUCGUUCUGGACACCGAUCUCGAACGAAAACAACUUGAUGGCAUGUCUAUGGCCAACGCUCUCCAAAGCAGACCAGGUUACCAUGGCAACAAUGAUAUUGUACAUACAGAUUCACCUCAACAUGGCGACAGUGAGAUUCCGGCUACUGAGUCACAUGACUAUGCAAACACUGCGGUUGUAUGCGCUGGACCAUCGGUCAGAGGAGGACAAGAGUCUUCAGUACCAGAUAAAGGCGCUCAACUCACUUACACUUUUUCUGUUGUCAAACAGAGUGACCAGGCAAAACAAGAUUUGACUGAGCCUCCCCAAAAAGUGGCCACCGUUUUCUUGAACGCAGCUGUUGCAGGUGCUGGGAAAUUUCUUGUUCAGGAAGCUGAGACUCUACAUCGUGAAGUCACUUCCUCGACCAAAGCUGAAUUGGGCAUUAAAAGCAGUGUGGGGCUARGGACAGAUCCACAGUCGGACCCUGUAACACAUCUCAUGCCGCAUCCAGAAAGAAAGCAGCUAGAGACGCAUGCAAGACCCACAGACAAAUCACAGGCAGAUAACAAAACACAACGCACAGAGUCUAGAGACUGCACUGAGACAAAGAAAGUAUUUACAAUUGUUUUGGACAUGGAGCUACCUCCGUCUCAGUCCAAGGACAUUCAAACCAGGGAGCCUCCUUGUGGUAAUGGCUCAGAUAUAUUUAGCUCUGGUGACUUUCCUUCAAAACUGACUGAUAGUUCUGUCACUGAGAGCACCAAGAACACAGAUGGCGGGCGGCGUGUCAAGUCAAAGCACAGGCGGCGGAGGAGGGCUGAUUUUAGGAGCUCAGCGUCCAAGGGCCCCAAAGUGAAGAGUUACAAGGGCCCCUCUGCUUCAAAGAACACGGAAUCAGAGUGGGAGCAAUCGCAGGGCCCCAAAACAAAAGGUCUGAAAUCAAAAGGCCCCGAAUCAGGGCUCACAGAGUMUAAGUCCACUGAAUUGGCGCUCACCGAAUCCGAGUCACUGAGACACACUGAUAACUCUGACAACACUGAACCAGGAAGUGUUGACGAUGACGUAGACACAGACGCUAAAGAUGCCAGACAGACAGAAAUGACAGACAGCCAAAUAGCUGUAAACACAGAAGCCUCUGACAGAAUGAAGGWGACUACAGACAUCACCUGUGCUACAGACAGCAAAGAUAACAGACAGACUGUGAGCAAAGACACUGGAAAGAUAGACACUACUGACAUGCUACAGGUGAAUGAUCUCACACAGACAGAUGUCAGUCAGCCAGAUGCCACAAGAGACAAUACACAGUUGUCACUCGCACCUUCACCAGCAUAUGCAUCCACAGAGAUUGAGCCCAGAGAGGGAACAGAAAGGACAGCUCCACAGGAACAGAUGCAGGAGGGGAGUGAAGUCAAGAGGAGUUCCUCGGUCCAGACUGGGGGGUUGCUAUCCGAAGCCGUGGCGAAGGUGGAGAGAGUUGGGGGAGCGGUGCGCCCGGAGGUCCCGCGUCACAGGUCCACUAUGCAAGGCCUCCUCUCUGAGGUCCAAGGGUUGGUGGAGAGGAAGGACAUCAUCAAGGGAUGCCAGUGGAUGGAGGCGGCUUGGUACCUGCAGCCUUCGCUGAGAAAGCCAGAGAUCCAAAUAGGGCGCACUGUCCUCAGGGUUCUAGGAUGCCGCUACCAGCCAGCCCAGCUCAACCCUGCCAACAUGGCCCAGCAACUGACGGAGGCUGAGGACUGCAGACGCUACGUGCUUGAGCAGGUGGCUGCGAUAAACCAUGUGGUCGGUGAUCCAGAGGACGCAACAAAUCUGGAGGGGCGAUGGAGUGCAGCCCUGUUGGAUGCCUCGGCCACAGUGCAGGUCAAAGAGGCUCAGCUUCACCUGGUCACACAGUACCACAGGCAGACUCAGGCCAUCCGGAGCAUUCUGGAGAGAUGGGCAAGCGAGAUGGAUGAGCUACAAUUAGACACUCGAAGCAGUGCGCUUCAGGCUGAAAAACUACAUACUCUGUUAUGUAACAUUGAACAGCAGAAGGGCAUGAUGGGGGAGCUGCUCCAGGUGUGUUGUCAGGUGUCUUCCCACCUGAGUGAAGACGAGGGGUCAGGGGCACUCCUCGCUCAGCUAGGGGAUCUGCAGGAGGAGUGGAGGCUUUUGGAGGGGGCCGGGAAUAGAGGCCUGAGGCAUGCCUCAUUUGGUUCUUCUCAGUCCUCUAUCCUUCUACAAAAGGCUGAGCAGCUGCAUUGCAAGCUUGAGACUCUUCAGAAGUCCAUCACCCUCUUACAGUCCUCUCAAUUGCAGCAUGACACUCACAAAGCUUUAGAGCUGACCUUUAUGACUGCUGACUUGAAAGCCUUCAACCAGCAGUACCUACACCUGCUGGGGCAAUCAGAGGAUUUUACCCAAUUUUCUCUUGGGCAGAAGGAGAAGGAGGAUGUGGAGUGUACUCUUCAGAGCUUGAGCUACUUACUUGCCUCCACUCAGAGGUUGCUCUCUGCUCAGUCAUACUCUAUAGCAAAACCCUCCUUGGCUAAAAUCAUCAAGCAAAUGCAAGACUUGAUUAUCUGGGCCAAGCAGGCGGAAAACCACAUCGCAGCAGGUGAAAAGGUAGCCCUCUUCCCUGAAGAGGCCCGUCUCCAAAUUGCCAGCAUGAGGAAACUUCAAUCUGAGAUUUUGGCAAGGCAUUCCAGGGUGCACUACAAAGUUGAGGACCUGAAAGAACUGAUUUCGGAUGAGGGGGAAAUUGACAAAGUGCUGUCAUCACUGAAGAGCUUGAAGGACCUCUACGAAACAGUCUCAGAUAACUCUGCUCGUAUUCUGAAGGAAAUGGAGGCUGUUUUGGAGGAAAGAGAGAAGAUGCUGGUUCAGAUCUCAAAAGUGAACACCUGGCUAGCAGUGGCAUACCAUGAGAGAGAGGUCACCGCAGAUGUAGAGAAUGUGUCCAAAGACACCAUCCCAGAUCUGGAAAGCAAGCUGCAGUUUCACAUGGGUGCCAUCAAGGAAGCAGAAAGACAGCUGGCUGUCACGGACGCUCUUUUGGAGACCUGCAUGGAGGUCUCUUCGGGGUUGAGUUCAGCAGAGAGCCACUUCCUUGUCAACAGGCUCACAGGCCUCCGGACCGAGGUGGAUGGAAUGGUGGCCCACGAGAAAGCAGCCCACUGGGAGCUGGAGGAACUGCUUCACACCCGGACUUCUUCGGCCGAGGAACUGGCGGCUGUCCAGGUGAGCGUGCAACAGAUAUGGGCCGACCUGGAGAGGCAGAGGUUCCCAGUGACAAAGGACUCCCUAUCUGCCAUAGAGCCCUUGACACACAUGCUCCUGGAGCACCAAUGUCAGAUCCAGGAACUCCAGUACUGCCAAGAGGACCAGAAAAGCACCCUCUUGCGUACCAUUGGCGGACUGCAGGAGAAGGUGAAAACUCUCCACCACCACGCUCUGGAACAUGAGAAGUACCUGACCUACCGGCAGCGCAUGGAAGACUCCAGGGAGGUGGCAAAGGAGCGUGCUCAGUGCUCCAAAGACAAGAGAGUCAGCGUGGGGGAAAGGUUCAGUCUUUGCCAGGCUCUCCUCGUGGAACUUCCACUGGUGAAGACCCAGUGCCAGGAUGCUUCCGACCAGCUCGAGGCCAUCGCCCAAGACCUGCACCUAUCGGAUAGAUUGUUGCUCCUGUCGGAGAGGCAGAGGAUCCGGCGAACUGUUGAAAACCUAGCCUCCUGGGAGCUUGCCAUCACUGACGACGUCAAAAACCUAGAGGGAAAGCUGCUGGAGGGUCUCAGAUUCUGCACCGAGCUUCCUGCCAUGAUGGACCUUCUUCAACAGGUCAGGCAGGAGCUGACGGAGCCCGACCCGGUGAAGCCAGACGUGAGGGCCAUCAACAUAGCGCUGCGGAGGUGCUGGGUGAUCUGGAGGAACGUAGAGUCUGUCAUGCGGGUGUUGGAAGCUUUGAGGCAGAGAGAGCAAGUGGAGAUGAGCCAGUGUGGGGAGCUGCACACCCUGAGGAAUGACGUUGUGCAGAAGUGCCACGCAUGCAUGGAGAAUUUGUCCCAUGCUCGGGAAGCCCUGAAGGAUUACCACUGGGCUGCCCAAGGAGUGGUAACCUUCCUCCUCGAAGCCGAGGCUAUGUUCCUGGCACCUCCAGGCGGAUUUGUGGACUGCACAGAGGAGCAAUGGCACACCCAAGAGCCCCUAGCCUCCCUGGGGGAGAGCCUCCAGGUGCAAAUCAGCCAUCUCCUGGAGCUGGCACCCCAGCAGGCCUGUCUCUCUUUCCCCCAGAGCGAGCAGCUCCACAUCCGGGUCCUGAGCCACCUUUUGGUGGAGAGGGCCGCACUCGAGGCCCAGGUUGAGCUCAGGACAGAGGCCUUGCAGAGGUGUGCAGACAGACAAAGCCUCCACAAGAAGUGUCAUGAGGAGGUAUGGCAUAUCCUGAAGAAAAACGAAUCAAGGCUCUCUGAGUGUGCUGCCCAGGAAGUGACAUCCUACACCAACUGUGCAGACCAACAGGAUAGAGCCAAGACCCUGUCGGAGGAGGUGCUGUCUAUAGCUGGGAAGCUGGAGGAGCUGAGGGCGGUGUGCCCACUGCGGGGGUGCUGUGUGGGCUCCGAGGGGGCACAGGGUGCCCUCUGGAGGCGCUGGGCGGCACUGCGGCGCGGCAUCAGCCUCCUCCGGACACGCUUGGAGCAGAGAGGGGCGGAGUGGAGGGACGUCACCAAGAGCAUGGCUCGAUGCAGCAGUGCUCUGGACAAGCUGCAGGGUGAGCUGUCGGACCCCACUGCAGUAAGCUCCGCUCAGGGGGCCCCGACGGUUCUGCUAGUGCAGACGGAGCAGCACCAGGCUGGACUAGAGCGGGAGCAGCGAAUCCUGGCCUCCCUGGAGCUCCGGCUCUCCCAGCUCCUGGGUGUGUCCAGCCCUCAGGAGGCAGCUAGCCCUGUCCCAGUCUGCCAACGGCUGAGGGACAUGCAGGAGCGCUUUAGGAGCCUGAGAGAGCGGAGCAUGCUGGUCCGGAGCGCGGCGCUUUCAGAGGAGCAGGAGAGGGAGCGCUUGCAAGAGCAGAUCGGAGAGGUGGAGCAGCGAGUGGCUACCCUGCUCUCCAUUCUGGUGUCCCACCCCAGCACACGCCAACUCAAGGAGGUCAGAGUGGAGUUGGGUUCCCUGAGGGCCAGAUUACAGUCCAUCAUGGAGUGUGUCGGGACAAAGUAUGCCGCUGUUACACCUCCUGAGGUGGAGAGACAGCUGCAGGAAGUCACUGGCUCUCUGCAGGACAUGGAGGAGAAGGUUGGCCAAGCCCUGGAGAAGAGCAGCCCACUCAAUAGGCUGAGUAGCAGAAUGGGGGAGAUCCGUGUCGGGCUAGAAGAAGUCCAGACAUUGCUGCAGCGGAAGAGCUCCUCUGUGUCCGAGGCUGAACAUGUUCUAAAGUUUGUAUGGGACCAGCUGGACCAGUGGCACGGCCGGCUGGCCCUCCUGGAGGGCGAGGUGCAGGAGGCAGCCGAGGAGGAGCCGGAGCAGGCCCAACUCCUCAUGGACCAGAUCACCCAGCCACUUCAGCUCUACCAGGACACGGCCCAGAAGGCUGAGCAGCGCACUGCCUUCCUCAGCAAGAUCCCUGCCUGCCUCCAGGAGUAUAACGAUAUAAUCCAUAGUGCUGGCUGCUGGCUAGACGAAUCCCAAUCCUGGCUAGACGCUCCCGGCACCUACACCACAGCCAGGAGCCUCCAGAGCCAGACCAACACACUGCAGAUGGUGCUGGAUGACUCAGAGCGUAUCCGGGCCACUCUGGUGGGCUUCGGACCUGUGUUGGGGGAGAUCUCUGCUGUGUGUCACACCACUGCUAUGGAGGAUAAGCUAAUCCAGACCGAACGCCAAGUCACCGCCAUGCAGCAUAACAUCAUGGGGCCAUUGGACCAGCUGCUGCACGUCACUCCGGAAGUGGAUGCCAUUGAAGCAGAGGUGAAGACGAUGGAGAAAAAUGUGACCAAGAUCAGAGCUAUUUUAUCCUCCGCUGAUACAUUGGACAUCUCACUUGAAGAACACCUCCACAACCGGCAGGUAAUCCUGGCCAACAUCCAGUCUAUGCGGAGGACAGUGGGGGAGAUCSAGGGCUGUAAGGCUGAACUUGGACUACCUCAGGGGGCAGAAGAGACACUGAGUGCUUUUCCCAGAGCUGUGCUACUCCUACAGCCCCUCCAAGAGUUGGAACAGCUGACACAGGAGCAGAGUAGAGCGUUGGCGGGCAACACGUGUGAAGUAAGGGAGGCUGAGGGGGUCAUCCCAUCAUGCAAUGUGUGUGUGACAACAGAACCCAGUGCCCUUAUCUUAAGCACACAUCAACGGAAUACGCGUCCACCGCGGAUCACCAGACAUCAGGAGGAUGCCUCAGAAGCAUGCCUCUCUGAGGAAGAGGAGGAAUACGAGGAUGAAGAUCAUCACUCAUCAUCCUCUGACACACUCACAUGCAGUUUUCCUGAGGACCCAGACGAGACUCUUAGCCACCAAGAGCUGGCAGAAUCAGUGGCUACAACCACCCAAUGGCUCCAGGAUAGUGACGCUAUGUCUGAAGCCCACACCGCCGCUGUCACUAAGGAGUUGGACACCCCAGAGUCUUGUGUAGACCCAGAAGACAGUAAUUCUGGUUUAAUAUCUGAGAAGAUCCAACCAACACCUGAAAAAACAGACCGAGCACCUGCAGACACCCUGUCAUUACCAGCUCAGUGGAGACCCAUCUCCAAGACCACUAUAUCAGAAAACAAGCCGACAGAAUCAGUCAGUAAGAACAUUAACAAGGAGACUUUGUCAGUAACCGAGAAGUCUGAAUUAGUAACCAAGGCAACUGUCUCAUUACCUGAAACUAGUUCAGUGACCAUGGAGACUAGACCAGCAUCUGUAAAAAGUGUCUUGGCAACCAAAGAAACUGGAGAAGUACCUGUGAAGAUUGGAUCAGUAACCAAAGAGAUACAAUCAGUACCUGAGACUACUUCUGUAACAAAGAUGACUGGGCCAGUAACCAAGAUGACUGGGUCAGUAACCGAAGAGAUACAAUCAGUACCUGAGACUACUUCUGCUACAGGGUCAAGGGCAGAGGGGACCGGCGGUGGCUUUGGUGGUCUGASAGAGAUAGAGGUGUGUGCUGCAAGCCUUAGACAACUCAGACACAGAGCAAGUGGCCUUUCCUCUGCCAAUUCAAAGGAAGGUGGCACUCCCAUGUUGGAUAGAGAGCUCUACACAGCUCUGUGUGGAGCGGAGCGUUCCCUGGAAACACUCACUGGCCUGUUGCUCAGUCCCUCUAUUACCACCGUGGAGGACAGUCAACUAAGACUGCUACAGAUGGAGGCAGGGACGGAGCAACAGGAGAGCCACGUGUGCGUUUAUGAUGAUUUUGAACGUGGACAGAGUGACCCAUUCACACACAUCAAGGAUGUCCCCAUGCUGGAGGUCAGUAACGAUGGUGUGUCUCUGCAGUAUGUCGUUGGUCGGUGUCCCGGGGAUGCAGUGGAGCUACAGCGGGUGUCCCAGGCCCUGCUGCAGGGUUUGGCCAGUCUGGUGGAGCUAGGCAGAGAGCGUCUGGCAGACAGUCAGGACCACCCACCGCACGGCCGCACCCAGCUGCAGACUCUGCUCAGCAGGCACAAGCAACUGGGUUUCAAUUGA